AUGAGAUCUACAUCAAGGAGCACCAGUGGAGUAGCUACGUUGCUCCUGCUACAGCUAGUUGGGCUUGGAAAUAUAUCUGCUAGUGUGAAGCUAGGAGGUGACCAGUGGUUGCAAGAUACAACUUUUAGCAUCAAGAAGUACUAUACAACAAUAAAUGGCAAUGACAUAAGAGUACCAUGGAGUGCUUAUGUCUGGAAUAGAUUCUCUCAACCUAAGCAUAGAAUGAUUCUAUGUCUAGGAUUGCAAAAUAGGUUGAAAACAAAGGAUAGGCUGAAAAAGCUUGGAAUUUGUGAUGAUGAUGUGUGUGCUAUCUGUGGUCAACAGGUUGAAUCAGUGAACCAUCUGCUGUUUAAGUGUCAUUACAGCAGACAAUGUAUUGUGCAGGUUAUGUGCUGGCUGGGGGUUUCAUGGAGUGAUAGAAAUGUUCACCACAUGUGUAGGUGGAUUAGAGGAAGAUACAGAGGGACUAGCUUUCAGAAGAAAGUGGUGCUUGCUGCUCUACCUGCUACUGUUUACACUAUUUGGAGAGUUCGAAAUACAGCUUACUAG